GCAAUUACUAUUGAGGCUGAGCCCCGUGCUGACGGCAGCCGUAGGACUACGCGUUAUGACAUUGACAUGACCAAGUGCAUCUAUUGCGGAUUCUGCCAGGAAGCCUGUCCUGUUGACGCCAUUGUGGAGGGUCCCAAUUUUGAAUAUUCAACUGAGACACACGAAGAACUUCUGUACAACAAAGAGAAGCUGCUCAAUAAUGGUGACAAGUGGGAAGCAGAGAUUGCUGCUAACAUACAAGCUGACUAUUUGUACCGAUGAUGGAGUACUUAUUUCACCCAUCCCACAUUCUCACCAGCCAGCUGAACUGAAACCAAGCCUGCAAUAAAGGGCAUGCACUCAUU